AUGGAUCACAACAUGGACCAUGGUGAUGGUGGUCAUGCCCUGACACACAUGACCUUCUUUUGGGGCAAAAACUCCAAGGUACUCUUCUCGGGGUGGCCCGGGCCCCACACGGGGAUGUACGUGCUGGCCCUCUUCUUGGUAUUUGCGCUUGCUUUUAUCGUUGAGCUACUUUCUAGUUAUCUGGAAAUGGCUCAUGAGAAAGCAAGUUGUGGCCUUGUCUCGGUCCUCGUGUAUGGUCUGAGGGUCGGGUUGACUUACCUUGUUAUGUUGGCGUUGAUGUCGUUCAACGCUGGGGUUUUCAUCGUCGCUGUAGUCGGGCAUAGUUUAGGGUUUUUUGUGUUUGAGAGUAGGGUUUUCAAGAGAUUUUGUGGCCACUCGGAGAGUCUCGGAUACGGAUGGUUAUGA